AACUCCUUCGCCAUGCAAAUAAAAUCAAGUCGUUUUUCUUUUCUUUUACCCCUAUGGCGACGACAGAGGCGAAUUAGGUUUUGAUGUAUUUACGACGAUGGGAUCCUGGAAUUGGAGGAGGGUUUUGGUUUGGUCUCGAGAAUCAGCGAGACAAGAAUCAGGGAGGCACAGGUUGGAGGAUUCUUUCAAAUCCCCGAGGAUUUGAAUUGGAUCUAGAAAAAUGGAACUUCAGGGAGAUAAGGAAACUUCAAAUUUCAGAGAAUUGGAUUCCGAUUUUGAUCAACAUCAAGACGAAAUCACAGGGAUCUAAAGGAGAUUCUAUGGGAAAUAUUGGAUUGGCGACACAAUCAUGAGGAUCAAUUAUAUUUGAAUGGGGAUCAAGUUUGGUUAACGGAUUUGGAAUGUCGGAAACACUAUAAAAGGGAGAUCGUUUGCACUCUUUGUUGGAGCACAUUUGUAGUAUCUUUUACGUUCUCUUAUCUUACAAAACAAAUUUUUUCUCUCAUUUGGUUAAUCAUGACACAGGGGCGUUUAGUGGGUAACAGUGGGGAAAUGAAGGAGGGAGAGAAUGCUCGGAAGAGAUUGAAGAUUUCGGUCCCUCAUUUCGACAACUCGGCGCUCAUCAAAACCUAUUCCAAAACCUUAAUUGGAAGGUGUAUGAAUCCUCCGGCGCAAGAUAUGAAGGCGUUGAUUCAGAACGUCCCGAAGAUUUGGAAGCUGGAAGAUCGGGUGGUGGGAAAAGACUUGGGUUUUGGCAAGUUUCAAUUUGACUUUGAAACAGAGGAGGACAUUGAGGCGGUGCUGCAGCUACAACCUUAUCAUUUUGAUUACUGGAUGCUAGCUCUGGCGCGGUGGCAACCAAAGAAGUCUCAGCUUUUUCCGGAAGAAAUACCGUUUUGGGUGCGGGUGUUUGGAGUUCCGAUGGAGUUCCGUACGGUCCCAACUUUUGAAAGUAUUGGUGGUGCAUUAGGAAGGAUGAUCUCCGUGGAUGUGGAGCUUUCUAGAGUUCAGGUGGUGGUAAACGCGUUUCAAGAGCUCUGUUUUGAAACCACUCUGGAUUUCAAAGGUGGUGAGUUUUACGAUGGGGAGGAAGUCGUGAUCUCAUUGAGGUACGAGAAGCUAUUCGGCUAUUGCCCGGUGUGUUCUAGUCUCUGUCACAAGGAAGAAUUGUGCCCUCUCAAAAAGAAGAAUGAUGUGAAGUCGAGUCCAGAGAAGAUGUGGGAAAACCGAGAAGGGAACGGAGGCUGGUAUGAUGGCGGGAAGCACGAUGAUCGAGCAAGGAGUUACAAAGGGGUGGUUAUCAAUGGUAACUCGAAACAACAGUAUAAGGAGAGAGAUGGUCGAGCUUAUUAUGGGAAGGGGAAAGGCAAGGUGACUGAAGAAGCGGACUCUAAAUGGGUGAAGACUGCUGAUAGAGGGAGCAAGGGGUCGUUUAAUAACCAAAGAAACCACAGAGGAGAUGGAGAAGGCUCACGGCACAGAAUCUCAAGAAGAGAAGGGUCUCGGGCUGGUGUUCAGGAGGGACAGAUUGGGGUUCAAUCAACUCAUUCAAGAGAUCAGCAGGUGCAGAGUGGGACACGUGAGGAGGCGCAUGAAGAAGGAGAGAUCAAGACAGCAGAGGUGAUGAAAGAGACGCCCCCCUCGCAAGCUUUUCAAGAAGAACUUGAUAAGACUCAGACGGUGGGAUCAGAGGCCAUAUCGGAUCCUAUGGAGAUCGAGAAAGGGCUUCAACUAAUUCAGGGAAUGGUUGAGAAACCACCGGCCUUGGAGGCAGAUAAGGUAAUGGAUAUGGAGGAAUUUAGAACUGUCUUUCUAGAACAUGGAAUCGAUAUGGAUGCAGCAGAUGAUUUAUAGGAUGUUGAUGAGGGAGAGUUUGAGGAAAUGCUAAAGGAACAGGAGGGUGGAGAACCUCUUCAGGAUGAAUCGGAGCGAGGUAACAAUGAGGAGGAGAAAUUGCAGGUUGAAGGAGAAGCGGGGAAGAAGCAAGGAGUUCGCAAGAGGCUGCUCAAGCCUACCUUAAGCACCGCAGCGAGCACAAAGAUGAGGAUUGCCAAUGGGCUUGUCUCACCGCGUAAACGAGCGCCGGCAAAGACAGGGCCACGCCAUGGUGAUACUGGCAAACAGCAGGAGAAUAAGGGUCCCUCAAACCCGAAGAGUGGAGUGCCAAAACCUUAGUUUUAUGAAUCACGUACGUCUAUUAGAGGUUUUAAGUAAGAGGGGGUUGAAUGAUGGUAUUGGAUUUUUAAUUUUUCAAAUAAGCUCUACGAGCUUUCAGUUGUUUGGUCUUAGUGGUGUUACGGUUUUAGAAGUUUGGUUGAGUCUGGGAGGGUCUCUAUGGUGUUUUAAUCUCUUUAUGCAUUGGAGUAAUAAGAAUCUUUUCAUUAUCUUGCAAUUAGAUAUUUUGGUAAAGAUUA